AUCACUCGGGAGUCGAUAAAGUAGCACCAUCACCAUCAGUGUCAAUUAACCCUCAAAAGUGAGCCUCCAAAACCCCCAAAAACCACUCGCUCCUGUCAAGAACUUCUCUCAUACCCCCGGGACUCUCCACCCCCAUCACCUUGGCUCCCUCGCCUCCUCGAAAAGGGUUAAUAAAAAAAAAAAACAAUCCUAACCUAAAAAAUUUGACAAAACCUCAAAUCCCCGAGAAAUUUAUCUGACAUUGAACGAAAAUUACAAAGUCAGCGAAAAUUAUCUCAAGGUCAUCGAGUGAAGCCGCGCAAGACGAAAGAUAAUUCGCUGAAGAAAAUUGUAUGAUCGAAAAAAAAUUGUAAAAAGGUGGUCGUUGCUGCUGUAUGGUGGGGAUGACGAGGUGUAUGUGACCCAGUGAUACGUAAAAAUGUCGUCCCAGUGCUCGAGGAAGUGAAUAGACAGGUGGGGGUGGGGAAAAAGGAGAAUUGAAGGAGCUGUUGGGGCAUUAAAAACAUGUCAGCACCAACAGUCAGUCGUGCGCAAGCGACCAGCGUUGUUGUGUCAAGUGUUGAAUGCGCCUUAUGUGGUUGUUCAGAUAGAUUGUUGAGGUGUUCCCGUUGCAAAAGUGUUGUUUAUUGCACCAAAGAACAUCAGAAAUUGGAUUGGAAGCGACAUCGAGCUCACUGCCAGAAAAAUAACGAGCAUGAAUUGUCGGGUGAUACGUCUUCCUGCUUCAGCGGUAGACUUUCUAACCUAAGCAAUAACAUUGGCGAGGAGAUUGAGAGGAUACAGGGAAACAGUAGGAAGCACGAGAAAAACAAUUCAAAGCAGUGCCACUCGACCUCCACUCGAAAAGACUCUCCCAAAGACACCCGCUCAACUUCCAGGCGAGCCUCGAAAAGUGGCUGGAUCUCGCCAAUUCUCUACGAGGGAAGUGCAGAGGACACAAUUCUCGGUGCAAGAGCUGAAUCCCUGAAUCCAACCCUCGGUGCCACUGACACCGAGGAAAUAAUCAUUGACAAUCAUCCCCAUCAUCACAACGGUAUGAAAACCUUUCCCGAGGUGUCACUCAGUCGUGACGACGACUUUCUUCCGCCCUUUCUCCACAGAAACAGAAACAAUUUUGAGGAAUUUAUAAUCGACGACAUUUGUAGAAAUGUCAUCAGAGAUAUGGAUAAAUACGGUGUGUGUGUUGUGGACGAUUUUCUAGGGGCUGACAAGUGUUUAACUGUGUUGGACGAAGUGUUGAAUAUGUACAGCGCUGGUGUGUUCAAGGAUGGACAGUUGGUGUCUAAUAAAGGUGGUGCUAAAGACUUGAAGACCAUUCGAGGUGAUCAAAUCACGUGGCUCGAUGGCAAGGAGAGACAGUGUCCCAACAUUGGAAUGCUCAUUUCUCAGGUCGAUGCCAUUGUCAUGAGAGCAAAUAAGAUGGAUGGCAAUGGCAAAAUGGGAAAUUAUAACAUCAAUGGGCGGACGAAGGCAAUGGUCGCAUGUUACCCAGGAUAUGGCUCUCAUUAUGUUAAGCACGUGGAUAAUCCAAAUCGUGAUGGAAGAUGUAUCACAGCUAUUUAUUACCUAAACAAAGAUUGGGAUAUAAAGAAAAAUGGAGGACUCUUGAGGAUAUUCCCGGAGGGCUGGAGGGAUCAGGUCGCUGACAUUCAGCCUCUUUUCGACAGACUCUUGUUCUUCUGGUCUGACAGGAGGAAUCCUCACGAGGUACAGCCAGCUUAUAAAACGAGAUAUGCCAUUACGCUCUGGUAUUUCGACGCUGAGGAGAGAAGCCAGGCUUGCUUAAGAUAUCAGAGAGAACGGGAAGUGGCACCACAAUCAUGAAAUGCAGUAUCACCUCAACAUAAAAAUCAUCUCAUACGCUCUUCCCUCCCUCCCUCGCGUGCUCCUCACGAGAGGUAGGAGCACAAGUUUUGUAAAUAAAUAAUUCAUUAAAUGGAGCACUGGUACAUAAAUGUCACGUAUUAAUUAUAUAUUGAAACGAACGACUCUGAGUGCAAUGUUGAAUAAACAAUGGAAAUGCAAUGCCUUACACGUGGGAUAAAAUUGUAUAGAUUUGUUUUGUAGACUGUUCGCAGAAAUUUUGUGGGAUAUUUGUAGAUGAUAUUUCAGUAUUUUUAUACGAUCAUUAUUAGACAGAAAAUUAAUUCAUAAUUUUUUACUUUCAUACGACAAGUUCUGCAGGGAAAAAUAGAAAGUAGAGAAAGGCCAUAACUCUACCGGAUUAAUGGAUAAUCAUAAAAAAAAAAUAAAUGAAGUUAUGGUGUAAAAAUAUUCAAAUAUUGUUUACGACAAUUCUAGGAGAAUUCUGCAGGCAGUGUAGGCAAUUUAUAUAUGACUUUUUUCACACGUGCAGGGUUAAUCACUGCUCUUCCUCAAUUAACUCACCUUAGGGAAUGAUAAUAAUGAGUAUUGAGCCAGUAAAAUAAUUUUUCCCCCACAAUUUUAAUACAAUUAUUUAAUUUUUGACGGCGAAUGAGGGGAAUUCACUAAUUAAUUAAUUAGAAGUGUCGAAUUUGAAAUAUCCCUUGUAUUUUAUAGUUGUCGAGUGGGAGAAGACUAUAUUUUGUGAAUAAACAGCAGAACGAGUUUGUAAAAUAGGGAAAACCGAUUUUUCAAUGGAGAAGUGUCAAUAACUAGAAAUUGUGCAAAAAGUCAGAUUUGAAAUUUCAAAUAUCUCCUGAACUGUUGGGUUCAUAGGUAAAUUCUAUGAAACAUUUUUUCCUGAGAAUUUCAUUUUCUAAGGAAAAUGUCUUAAGGCCUUUUUCUAUAAAACCGAUUUUUAUCGAGAUAUUACCGGUGUAAAACGACAGAAUUUAUCAAUUUUUUCCUGUAUAUUUGGUUUAUUUAAUCACAAAAUAAUUGCUUCGACUGCACUUUUUGAAUCCCAAUGUUAAACAACUUGUCGAUUAGUCAUCGAGAGCCACAGACUGAUGUGAAUCGAGUGGUGGAACGAAAGAUUUUCAUUUUGUACAGUGAGACACAUUGAAGUGAUCUAAUGAUGGUAGAAACAUCAAAUUUACCUCACUAAUGAUUAUUGUAUGAAUACUUUUGUAUUUUCAGCACUACUCUCUCUUCAUUUAUCCCUUCAUUUAUCUCCUUUCACGUGACACACAAUUUUUCAUGCUGAAAGUAUCUCAGUAUCCGGUAGAAUAAAAAUGUUUAAAUUAUUGAUGAAGUAUAAGUUUUUCGCUGAUCAGUUUCAAAAGAAAUUUGUGAAAAAUCAGAUAUUAUAUUAUUAAUCAACUCAAUUAAUUGUAAAGAAAACGUUGUUAAUUACUUAAGUUAUGGAAGGAAGUUAUGCCUCAACAGAGUAUUGUAAAACUGAACAUAGAACAGAUUUUAUUACGAGCGAUUGAAUAAAUACUGUACAGAGAA